GGCAUCGGACCCGCAGCUACAUGCAAGGAUCUGCUGCGACGAUGCUGCGAUCAAAUUGUGAAUGACGGCGGUCGAUGCCGUCCAUCCUGCGUGUCUGUUCUUUACGUCAUCUUCCUGACAUCGUGCAUGUCUGCGUCUACGUCCCACACCUCACGGCAGAACAAGCGGGGUCGCUGGUAACGACGAAAGAGAGCCGCAGGAGAGUAUAAGUGUACGGAGCUCAGCAGGCGACGAUGCUACAACAACAAUCACAGAUCGCUUUCUCUUCAUCGAAAUGGCUCCUCAGACUCUUCCAGUUCUCAUCGUUGGCGCAGGCCCCACGGGCGUUAUCUCUGCCUUAUCCUUGCUUCGCAAUGGCAUCCCUGUGCGGAUCAUUGAGAAGGAUCCCCACCCGCGACUUGGUCAGCGUGGGUCAGGCAUCAUGCCCCGCACACUCGAAAUCUUUGAUUAUCUCGGUGUCCCAGAGAUCGCGAAGCAGGCGUACCCAGUGUCUCUGAUCCGUAACUUCGAGCCGGGCACUACCAAAGUCAAAUCGACCUUCUCCAUGCUCCCAAACAUACCAAAGACGCCAGGCAUCCCAUACGACGUCGGAAAGAUGCUUGGGCAGCAGACGCUAGAACGUCUGAUUCGCAAGCACAUCGAAGAGUAUGGUGUCCACAUUGAGCUCGGGACGGAGCUUCGCACCAUCGAGCAGCACGAGGACCGUGUGGUUGCGCACGUCAUCAGGCGUGAUGGUGACAAGGAGGUCGAGGACACCAUCGAGGCGGCCUACCUGAUUGGCGCAGAUGGAGCGAAGGGAGCCGUGCGCAAGCAGCUCGGACUUACGUUCCUCGGCGAGACCUACGACAAUAUCCGCCUACUAAUCGCAGAUGUGAAGGUUGAGUGCUCCUUGCUGAGCCCGGAGUACAUGCAAAUGUUUGGAACUUUCAAUGAGGGGGUUGCAUUCCGACCGACCCCAGAUGUUGCUGAAGACGCGUUUCAAGCCAUGAUCUCUGGCGAGGGCAUCGAUUUUGCUGCCCUUGCCAACGACAAAGAUGCACUGGAGGCUCAUGUCCUCAAGUACGCUCCCGCCGAUACUAAGAUUAAAGAAGUGCUUUGGGCUUCAGAAUGGAGGGCCAACGUUCGCAUGGCGGACACGUUCAACAAAGGUCGAUGCUUCGUAGCUGGAGAUGCCGCGCACGUUCACACUCCAGCUGGUGGCCAGGGACUAAACUCUAGCAUUCAAGACGCUUUCAACCUCUCGUGGAAGAUUGCCCUCGUCUACAAGUCCCUUGCUCCUCCCUCCCUGCUCGAGACCUACACCGGUGAACGCCUACCCGUCAUCGCAGACAUGCUCAACAUGACUACGAAACUCAUGGAGCGCCAGCGGACAAUCGCCGUCCCGGCUAAGGCAUGGGAGCGCGGCCCGCAUGUGUACAUGCUCUACGUCAACUACCGCACGAGCGACAUCGUGCUCGAGGAGAUCAAGACGGGCAUCGAGCCGAUCGACACAUACGGCACAAUCCGGGACGGUAACGUCGUCGCUGGCGACCGCGCGCCUGACGCCCCGGGUGUAGAGGUGCUCGGCCCCACAGGCGAGGGCAAGACGCGGCUGAUGGAGGUGUUCACGCCUACGGCACACACCGUGCUCGUGUUUUCACCUAGUGUGGACGCUGCGCGGCCCCUGUUGGAUGGACUCGCCAUCUUUGAUACGAACGUCGUCCGGUCGGCCGUCAUUCUUCCGUCUGGCAUCUCCGCCGCUUCCGGCGGACUACGGACGAGCACCAUUAUCGCCGACAAGGACGGCCACGCUUACAAUGAGUAUCAAGUGGAGAAGGGCGAAUCACGGGUUGUGGUGAUUCGCCCUGAUGGUGUUAUCGGCGCGACUGUUGGGGAUGCGGAUGGGGUGAAGCGGUACUUCAAGAAGAUAUUCGUGUAGUGCCACACUACUCAUAUAGUUGAGGUUAUGCAGAGAUCGUAAGAUAUGGAAAAUGUUAUACAUGCG